UUAGCCCUAGGCUAGGCGGAGGCUCAAACGGUUCCCGGGCGACCCGCGGGAACGCGGGAGUUGAGGCCUGCAGCAUGGAGGAAGGUGGAGCCCUGGGCGGCCUGGCCAGGGUGGUCCACCUGCUGGUCUUGUCGGGGGUCUGGGGCAUGCAGAUGUGGGUGACCUUCGCUUCAGGAUUCCUGCUUUUCCGAGGCCUCCCCAGGCAUACUUUCGGCCUGGUGCAGAGCAAGCUCUUCCCAGCCUAUUUCCAUGUAUCCGUGGGCUGUGCCUUCGCCAACCUCUGCAUCUUGGUUUCCCAGUACUCCUGGGCCCAGCUCACCUUCUGGGAAACCAGCCAGCUCUUCCUGCUGCUCCUGAGCUUCAUGCUGGCUGCUGCCAACGACCUAUGGCUGGAGCCCCGCACCUCGGCCGCCAUGUGGGCGCUGCAUAGGGUGGAGAAGGAGCGGGGUCUGGGCCAGGAGGUGCCCGGCAGCCGCCAAGGGCCCGACCCCUACCGCCAGCUGCAGGCCCAGGAUCCCAAGUACAGCGCCCUGCGAAAGACCUUCUUCCGCUACCACGGCCUGUCGUCCCUGUGUAACCUGGGCUGUCUGCUGGCCAACGGGCUCUGUCUAGCUGGCCUCGCCCUGGGCCUCCAGACCCUGUAGCCCCCAAUGGCCUUCCAGGCCUCUCUGGAGCUCCCCAUAAGUCGACACACUUGGAGCUGGAGCGACAGCACAGCUGGGAGGGCAUUUGCCUUACACGAGUACAACCAACCCAAGUU